AUGUUCGGCUUACUAAUAUUACUCCUAACAGGGCUGGCGGUGUAUUAUUUAAUCUUUGCGACGAUCCGCAAAAAUUUCUGGAAAAGCCGAAAAGUGCCUGGCCCACCCGGAUCACUAAUAGCCGGCAAUUUCUUCGAACUUUUCGAUCAGCACAAGCCAUGGGCCGUGGAGAUUAUGAAGUAUACGAAGAAAUACGGCCGUGUUUGGGGUUAUAUGGAGGGUGUGAUGCCUGCUUUGGUAAUUGCCGACCCAAAAAUUGCGCAUGAAGUGUAUACUACCAGAUAUGAGGAAUUUCAAUCCAGAAAGGGAAAUCAACUCCUCCGAAAGACCCGGAUGCAGCCGGAGAUGAAUCUCCUGGACGCGAGAGGCGCAAGGUGGAAGCGCCUCCGGACCAUUGCCAAUCCGCAGUUUUCCUCAAAUUCGUUGAAAAGACUCCUCAAAUCCGUCAGCUCGUGCUCCGAUAUCCUCGUUCAAUUCCUGGAGAAGGAAGUUGAUAAGCCGUCGAUAAAUAUUCACAGAUUUUAUCAAGAAUUCUCUAUGGACGUCAUCAACCGAAUCGCGCUGGGAGAUCAGACGAGCUCGCAGUGGCAAAAUGACUGGGUUGAUGGGUUGAAAUUGGUCUUCGAGCACGAUAACCGCGAGCCGUUCAUGUUUGCCGCCUUAGCCUUUCCCUCGCUACGACCGAUGGUCCGCGUCUUGAACUACCUAAAAAUGGCGGCGACGCACAGCAAGUUGGCUCGACUCGUCGGGAAAGUGUUCGCUUCGGUGCAAAGGAGACGCGAUGCUAGGGAAAAGCACGAACAAACACCGGACGACUUCUUGAACAUGUUUUUGGACUUGGAAGACCCGCAUUUCAGCCUGGAUUACGAUCAGGCACACGACAGAGCGGCAGAGAGGGAUAUGAAAGCACCGCCCCUCCAAAAAGUGAUGACGGAGAAGGAGAUCCUUGGCAGUGUACUGCUCUUCCUAUUCGCCGGCUUCGACACUACAGCUAAUAGCCUCGGUUACGUUACACACCACCUUGCACGUCACCGGGAUGUUCAGCAACGACUCCGAGAAGAUAUUCAGGACACGGUGGUUGAGGGUGAGGACCUCACCUUCGAGCACCUGGCCGAGAUGAAGUAUUUGGACUGUGUCGUCAAAGAGUCGCUCCGACUGCAUCCGACGGCUACAAAAGUAUCGGCGCGGAUCGCGGAACGGGAAACCGAAUUAGCUGGGAUUCAUCUGCCGAAGGGAACGAUGAUACAGAUAGAUUGCUACUCCAUGCAGCGAGACCCCACGAUUUGGGGCGACGACGCCGAGGAGUUCAACCCGGAGCGCUGGUAUUCCGUGACCCCGGAACAGCAACAAGCCUACGUACCAUUCGGGGCCGGUCCAAGGAUGUGCGUUGGGCAACGCCUCGGCUUAAAUGAGGUGAAACUCGCUUUGGCAAAAGUGCUAUUGAAUUUCGACAUAUUUUUGCCGGAGGAUGGGCCGCAAACUUUCGACAUAAUCGGAGCGGUCACUGUGGCGCCGGUGUCGAUUAAUGUGAAAGUGAAGAAACUGAAGGCA